CUUAGAGAUUGCCUCCUUCAAAACAAUACUCACUGUUUUCAUCACUAAGCAAUUGGCCCAUUCGCCCAAGAAGGUCAUGGCAUCGCAAUCAGCCAAUCCGACAUUCGCUCCCGCAUACUUCGAAGAAGAUCGCGGUCCAAUAGCAAGAGGAACCGCGAUCGCAUUUAUCGUCCUUGAGGUUACCAUUGUGACCUUACGAUUCGUCUCACGCCGGCUCAUCCGAGCCAAACUGGGUCUCGAUGACUAUCUCGUCUUCCCGGCGUUGCUGUUUUGUUUAGGGCUUUGCAUCCUGGCGAUAAUUGAGACGUAUAUCGCUGGUAUUGGAAGACACCUCGAUGUACUUGCUGUCUCCAAUCCGUCAGCCAUCACCAACUGGUCGAAAUGCGGCUAUGCGAUCGAGGAGCUGUACUGCGUCGCAGUAGUAUUCCCAAAGCUAUCCAUUCUGGCAUCUUAUCUUCGCAUCUUCCUGAUUCAGCGGUACCGAUAUUCUGCCUAUAUCCUCGGCGGCAUCAUAGUCGCAAGUGGCUUUGCUGGAGUCGUGGCAUCUCUUGCUUCUUGCCAUCCGUUCUCAGCUCGCUGGAAAGGCGUCGAAUAUGCGUACUUUCACUGUAUCGAUACGGUGGCUUACUGGCGAUGGAUCAGUCUUCCGAAUAUCGUGACGGAUGUGGUCAUGCUUGUUCUGCCUCUUCCCGUCAUUUGGGGCCUUAGAAUGUCGAAGAAGGAAAGGGCAGCCUUGACAUUCAUCUUCAUAACCGGCAGCAUGGGCUUGGUCACAUCCAUCAUUCGUUUCACGAUCUUUUUCAAUGUCAAAGCUCUCAUCUACGAUGGUACGUUCGUUUCGGCGGAAUUGGCAAUCUGGUCCUUGGUAGAGCCAGGGAUCUAUUUGGUCGCAGCAUGCCUACCCACGCUACGACCCCUCAUCCUGAAGCUGUUCAGCGGAGUGCGAGCAGUAAAGAGCACUUCGAACAACAGUAGUGGUCCGAGCGGUAUCCAGCUUGAAUGGCGGCAGCAGCGAGGCAAUGACCAGCGGAGCGACGAAGAUAGUAUCCUCGGUCAUUGAGAUACCGUCGCGCCACUUGAAAUGGGAUGACAGCCUUAACUCGUUGUCACCUCCAUCGGAAAC